GGGUGUCCUCUACUUCCCCGCUCCCUUUCCCCCUUUUCCUUCCCCUCCUCCUCCCCCCUCCUCUCCCCCUGCCCCCACCUCCUUCCUCCUUUCCGAAAGGCUGGUAACUUGUUGUGCGGCGGCACCAUCCAGCCGGGCACCAUGGGCACGUCCGCGCGCUGGGCGCUCUGGCUGCUGCUCGCGCUGUGUUGCCCGCGGGGGGAGAGCGACGCCACCGGAGCAGGAAGAAAAGCCAAAUGUGAACUUUCCCAAUUCCAGUGCACAAAUGGCCGCUGUAUCACACUGUUGUGGAAAUGUGAUGGAGACGAAGACUGUGCUGAUGGCAGUGACGAAAAGAACUGUGUGAAGAAGACAUGUGCCGAGUCUGACUUUGUGUGCAACAAUGGCCAGUGUGUCCCCAGCCGAUGGCAGUGCGAUGGGGAUCCUGACUGCGAAGAUGGUUCUGAUGAAAGCCCAGAACAGUGCCAUAUGAGAACAUGCCGCACAAAUGAAAUCAGCUGUGGCGCCUAUUCUACUCAGUGUAUCCCAGAGUCCUGGAGAUGUGAUGGUGAAAAUGAUUGUGACAGUGGAGAAGAUGAAGAAAACUGUGGCAACAUAACAUGUAGCUCCAAUGAGUUCACGUGCUCCAGUGGCCGCUGCAUCUCCCAGAAUUUUGUAUGCAAUGGCCAGGACGACUGUAAUGAUGGCAGCGAUGAGCUCAACUGUGCCCCACCGUCCUGUGGUGCCCAUGAGUUCCAGUGCAGCGCCUCCUCCUGCAUCCCCAUCAGCUGGGUGUGUGACGAUGAUGCGGACUGCUCAGACCAGUCUGAUGAGUCCCUGGAACAGUGUGGCCGCCAGCCAGCGAUCCACACCAAGUGCCCAGCCAGCGAGAUCCAGUGUGGCUCCGGCGAGUGCAUCCACAAGAAGUGGCGAUGUGAUGGAGAUCCUGACUGCAAGGAUGGCAGCGACGAGGUCAACUGUCCUUCUCGAACCUGCCGACCUGACCAGUUUGAAUGUGAGGAUGGUAGCUGCAUCCACGGCAGCAGGCAGUGUAAUGGAAUCCGAGACUGUGUUGAUGGCUCUGAUGAAGUCAACUGCAAAAAUGUCAAUCACUGCUUGGGCCCUGGAAAGUUCAAGUGCAGAAGCGGGGAAUGCAUAGAUAUCACUAAAGUAUGUAACCAGGAGCAGGACUGCAGGGACUGGAGUGACGAGCCCCUGAAAGAAUGUCAUGUAAAUGAAUGCUUGGUUAAUAAUGGUGGAUGUUCCCAUAUCUGCAGAGACCUAGUAAUAGGCUACGAAUGUGACUGUGCAGCCGGGUUUGAACUGAUAGAUAGGAAAACCUGUGGAGAUAUUGACGAAUGCCAAAAUCCAGGAAUCUGCAGCCAAAUUUGUAUCAACUUAAAAGGCGGUUACAAGUGUGAAUGUAGUCGUGGCUAUCAAAUGGAUCUUGCCACUGGCGUGUGCAAGGCAGUAGGCAAAGAACCAAGUCUGAUCUUCACAAAUCGAAGGGACAUCAGGAAGAUUGGCUUAGAGAGGAAAGAAUAUAUCCAACUAGUUGAGCAGCUGAGAAACACAGUGGCUCUCGAUGCUGACAUUGCUGCUCAGAAACUGUUCUGGGCUGAUCUAAGCCAAAAGGCCAUCUUCAGUGCCUCAAUUGAUGACAAGGUUGGUAGACAUGUUAAAAUGAUCGACAAUGUCUAUAAUCCUGCAGCCAUUGCUGUUGAUUGGGUGUACAAGACCAUCUACUGGACUGACGCGGCUUCUAAGACUAUUUCAGUAGCUACCCUAGAUGGAACCAAGAGGAAGUUCCUGUUUAACUCUGACUUGCGAGAGCCUGCCUCCAUAGCUGUGGACCCCUUGUCCGGAUUUGUUUACUGGUCAGACUGGGGAGAACCAGCUAAAAUAGAAAAAGCAGGAAUGAAUGGAUUUGAUAGACGGCCGCUGGUGACAGUGGAUAUCCAAUGGCCUAACGGAAUUACACUUGACCUUAUAAAGAGCCGUCUCUAUUGGCUUGAUUCCAAGUUGCACAUGUUAUCUAGUGUGGACUUGAAUGGCCAAGAUCGUAGGAUAGUGCUGAAGUCUGUGGAGUUCCUAGCUCAUCCUCUCGCACUAACGAUAUUUGAGGAUCGUGUCUACUGGAUAGAUGGGGAAAAUGAAGCAGUCUAUGGUGCCAAUAAAUUCACUGGGUCGGAGCUGGCCACUCUAGUUAACAACCUUAAUGAUGCCCAAGACAUCAUUGUUUAUCAUGAACUUGUACAGCCAUCAGGUAAAAAUUGGUGUGAAGAAGACAUGGAGAACGGAGGAUGUGAAUAUCUAUGCCUGCCAGCACCACAGAUUAAUGAUCACUCUCCAAAAUAUACUUGUUCCUGUCCCAACGGGUACAAUCUAGAGGAAAAUGGCCAGGAGUGCCGAAGUACUGCAACUACUGUGACUUACAAUGAAACAAAAGAAAGCAACACAACAGAAAUUUCUCCAACUAGUGGACUAGUUCCUGGAGAGAUCAAUGUGACCACAGCGAUAUCAGAGGUCAGUGUUCCCCCCAAAGGGACUUCCGCUGCAUGGGCCAUCCUUCCCCUCUUGCUCUUAGCGAUGGCAGCAGUAGGUGGCUACUUGAUGUGGCGGAACUGGCAACACAAGAACAUGAAAAGCAUGAACUUUGACAAUCCCGUGUACUUGAAGACCACUGAAGAGGACCUGUCAAUAGACAUUGGCAGACACAGUGCUUCUGUCGGACACACGUACCCAGCGAUAUCAAUUGUAAGCACAGAUGAUGAUCUAGCUUGACUUCUGAGACAAGUCUCUACCUUGGAAGUCUAAACCAAUAAUACCCCAACUUGGAAUGGUAACCGAGCCAGCAGCUGAAGUCUCUUUCUUCCUCCAGCCUGGAAGAAUAUCAAGAUUAUAUUUGCGUGGAUCAAGCUUGUGUACUUGAUCAUUUUUAUAUGACUUUGGUAAAUAUUCCUGUCCACAUUCUGCUUCAGCUUUGGAUGUGGUUACCUGUAGCCCUUGAAUUUCCAGACAGUAUUGCCAGCUCUGGCCAAAUAUGCACUUUCCCUAGAAAGCCAUAUUCCAGCAAUGAACCUUGUGCUAUAGUGUAUACCACCUGUACAUACAUUGUAUAGGCCAUCUGUAAAUAUCCCAGAGAACAAUCACUAUUCUUAAGCACUUUGAAAAUAUUUCUAUGUAAAUUAUUGUAAACUUUUUCAAUGGUUGGGACAAUGGCAAUAGGAUAAAACGGGUUAUUAAGAUGAAAUUGCCAAAAAAUUUGUAAACUAAUUUUUUACCUGUGAAUGAAAUCUUUGACCUCAAUGGAGGUUUGCAAAGACUGAGUGUUCAAACUACUGUACAUUUUUUUCAAGUGCUAAAAAAAUUAAACUAAGCAGCUUAACCAUGGUUUGUGCCUAUUCCUCCAGGAAAAACUGUCAACAGGCUGAGUAGUAUCAAACGUCCUAAGUAAAUACCUGAGCUAUAGAUCUGGAUGUUGUAUAACCAAGCCUAUGAUUUUGCUAGUUGUUAAAGUAACCAAACACUAAAAGGACAAGGUACCAAUUAAUAUUUCUUCUCCAAAUAUUUAUUUUCUUAAAAAACAAAAACAGGGUAGCCUGUACCUAGAAUUCCUCUUGCUCGGAGAAAUGUUUCUUUUCUCAUUAAUUUGUUUUCUGAUCUAGAAACAUAUGUUAAGAUUUCUAUGAAUUCUGCUGCAUCAUACUGAAAUCUCAGUUCUCCAUGUGCUAUAGUUAUAUAUAGUUCAAGGACAAGUGACUUCUAAGGCAUGCAAAAGGACUUUCUUCUUGUAUAAGACUAGACAGUCUGCCAUGAAGAGGGCUAAGAAAGGUAACAAGCAGUGCCGUGUUUGAACAAUCUAAAGCAGCGAUCUCACUGGAGUUAAGAUUGGCACCUGUAUCACCUGGGAACGUGUUAAAAAUGCUAAAUCAGAAACUCGAGAUGGUCCAGGAAUAUGUGUCUUCACAAGCCCUUCAGGUGAUUCUGAUGUAAACUAAUAUUUGAAAACUAUUAUUCUAAUGUUAUUUCACAAAGAAUCUGUACUAUCUCUUAAUUUUUCAGUCUGGCUGGCAUAGGAUGAAUUCCUUCUAUGGACUAUUUCUAAGACGUUUAGUAUGAAGAACAGAUCAGGAAUUUAGGUAGAAGAAAGAGUAGCACAGGGAUUUAGUAAAUUUUCCAUCAGAUUGGCCAUGACUUCCUUUCUCUAAAGGUUCAGGAUGUCAGCAAGCAAGGGAAGAUACAAGGCUUGAAACCCUGGGAAGAGGCUUUAAGUCCAAAUGAGAUGGAGAGUCAACUGCAGAUGGUGCAGCAAUUUCUCUGGGGAUGAAAUGACCAAUGCAGAAACAAGGAUGAAGAGAAGAUAUCCUAAGUAGCUAAACAGAUUGGUGGAUGACUCCUAUCCCACUUGCAUCUGGAAUAUAAAUAAGACAACAUCUUGCUUAUGCUUAGGCAAGGAGAUCAAUAACUCUAGAUGAAGUUGCUUCUAUCAUCUUGUUCAAUACAAAUCUCUUGUGUUUUUGAUCAAAUGGAUGAAAGUGGAAGAAUAGGCAUGGACCCAUGGCAUAUAGAAGGAAAAUUCUGUGGUCAGGGAAAGUAAGACUCUGUGCUGUCCACCCACUGUUUCCUCUUUAAAUAGUCACCACGCUAUACAUGAUGCAGCCUGUUGACAUGAGGUGUCUGCAGUGCCUAUUUGAUUAGCAGGUUAGUGCUCAUCAUAUCUAAACUCUGAAGACCAUUUAGUUGACAUAUGUUGACCCUGCUGUGGUACAAAACCCAUUGGUUCAUUUUUUUGUUGUUGGAGCAAUACAAAAUUCUCUCCUAGGAAGCUUAAUAAACCAGUAUCACAAGUAUUAUAUAGUGUUGGUCAACUAUAAGGCCCAAAGUCAUCAUUUUUAAAGAACAAAAUCAAGUAUUAUUCUCCAUUAUCUUCUGUUGGAUUCCAGUCCCCAGUGUGUUCCUUCUGGUUCCUUAGGUCCCAGUUUCCAACCUUCAAAGAAUCUAGUAACCCAUCUCAUUCUUGUACCUUGGCCUCCCCAGUAAGUAGCCAAGGACAGAAACUCUAACUUAAGAGGAACAAACUUAUUUGAAAAAAUAAAAUAACUAGAUAUUUCUAUUGAAAUAAGAAGAGUUGUAUGGCUCAUCAACUCAGCAUCUAGUAGUAAUUCACGAGGGACUAGAGCCUUGGACUUCAGUAUCCAGACAAGAACUUCUAGAAUCCUAUGUGAAACAUAUCAGCCUAAGUUUGCUGUGUCUCUAGAGUUUACUGCAGGAGAUGGGAAUUAAGAGGUAAAAUAUGAAGCUUAUCAAACACUAAGGUUCAUUUAACUCCUAUCACAUACAAAAUCACUGAAAGUAGGUCCUCCAGAGACUUUAGGAAUCACUACUAAGAUUGAUGAUAGGAAUAAACACAUUUGUAGCUCCUGGUAAGGAAAUCCAGCCAAGCCUCUGAGUUCAAAUUUUUAAGCGGCCUUUGCAAGCUAUCUCUUUGGCAAGAAAUAGUCCCAGUUGUUCAACAAGCUCCCUUAAAACAUUCGUGUAGCUAUUUUAAUGUUUCAGUAUCAUUUCCAAGCCUCUGGUAUUCUAUUUUUGAUGAACACAAGGCAAAAUAAUAAGAAGAAUAAUAGGUUUCCACUUUGGCUCUCACCUCUGUCCCUUAUAUCCAAGCCAGAUAGCCCUUCUCAAACAGCAAAAUGAUAGGACAUUUAGAGGACUAACUCUUCAGUUAGCACUUAGAAAUGUGAAACUUAACUAAAGUUUAAUUUUUAAAGCUCCCCUCACCUACAACCAAAAAAUUCUGGUGGGGUGUAGUCCUGUAUCAGGGAGUCUAACUGCAAUAAUUUCCUAGAAUUUGUAACCCAAGAAAGCUAUUUAUUACUUUGGACCCACACAGAAACUAGAAUCUUUGAUUUGCUUUUAACUGUGGGGAAACUUGUAAAACAGACAAACACAAAUAUAUAUAUUUAUAUAUAUGCUUUUGUUAUAUAUAACUUAGGUCCUUAGAAUGAAGAAUAGAACCUGCCAGUCUUAUUUCCAAAUACAGGAGGAAUGAAUAUGAAGGUUAAACAGUGGCUUAUGUUUUAGACUCAUUUCUCUCAAAUCAGGCAUAGAAGCUUUGUAGCUCAAAAUAGCUUCAUGGGAAGGGUUAUUGGCCUUCUUUGUAUAUUGCUCAUUCCCAUACACGUUCACACAUGAAAAGCUGAAUGUGAGUUAGCGGUGGGGCUCUGUAUGUGAAACUUGGGGGUCCAUACAUAAGCUACUAAGGGAUAGGUUAUAGUAAUGUUGCAUCUCUCUAUGGUGUGUCCUGAUUCUGUUCAGCAUUUCCAAGGCUGGCUCAUGAGAGAAACAGGAACAAACUGGCUGACAGCCCCUGUAAGUCUCCUCCCAUGCUCACUGAGGCAGGGGUAGGAUUGGCUGAGGGUAGGGGUGCCGCUUCACAGUGACCCUGGGACACACUGUAGACAGUUUUUUCUUCACUGCGCUUAAGGAAAAAGUGAGGUUGGCAGCAAGAAGAUUAACAACACUGACUUAUGCAUCAGUCUUGCAUGUGGUACCUUGGCAAGUUACCAAUCUUCUGUCUAAAUGUGGACGAUGGGGGGCUGUCUUCUGUGGCGUUGUGAGGAUGAAGUGCUCAGCACAGCACCUGCCAUAUAGUAGGUGCAAGGCAAAUGUCACUGCUAAAUGUCACUCUUGAUGAUAUGCCUGUCUUUGUAUGUAUUGUAUCAUAGUCUAGAAACUCAUACGCGACCUUGCCAGUGAGACAUACAGGUAACUUGACUCAUUAUGUGGGUGCCAUGCCUUAGACCUCAUCCCAAGUGUUUUCCACUACACCUGUCUGAGGGGCUCUGAGGCUGAAGUUCAAGUAGUGCUGUCACCUGUAAAUAGUUAAAAAGGCUGAAAGGAUUGCAUGGUUUAAGUCCCAGAGGCAUAGCUACUAUGGUCCUGCCUCAACCUUUUGACUUUACAUGGCUAAGACAUGUAAACAAAUGUUUGGGGGCCUGCUCAGUUUCCCUUAACUUCUUACAUUAUGCUUCCUAAUGUACUAAAUAAAUGCCCUCAUGUAUUUUAUUUGAUCUUCACAAGAACCCACAUAGGUGAGUAUUACCUCCAACAUGGGAACUGAGGCUACAAAUAAUGUGAUUUAACACCCUAUGUGCUUGCUGCCAUCUUAUCUCAGAAAAAGGGGCAGUGCUGUGUCAAGGUUAGGUUGGCUGUCACAUUGUCUGUUUGCUGAGUCCCCUUUACUGCUAACCUUGGGAUGCUUCAGCAGUUCCUCAGGUGCCUCAGUGCCCAUAAUGGCUGGCUUCCACAGUGGCUGUGUACGGAGAGGACAAGGCUAGCCUGCUACAUCAGGUCGGCUCAGAGUAACUUCGAUGGUUACAUGUCAUGCUUACAAAAGGCUAGAAGUUCCAGCAUUAUUUCCCUUUGUCAUCUGUGUGAAGUAGAAGUAGAAUACUAGAUU